AUGUUGAUGGCAUUAUGGGUAGAUCUCGUGUCAAACGCAUUUAAUAAAGGUACUGCUGAUAUGUUAUAUCCGACAUUGCUGCUGGGUCUGUACUCCGUUUCUAUAGAAACGUCCAACACUUGCGACGAAGUGGUCGAUAGGUGCACAGAGGAGAUACCGUGUGGAAUGACACUUCACAACUACCGCAUCAGUUGUCAACGAGAGAGAUACGGCUUAAUCCGGGAAUGUUCGGAGUUCUGUCUCAAGUCGGUCAUCGCGCUGGCUACCACCCCACAGGGGUACGAUUUGUGGGAUUGCGAGUGUGGGAGAGACGUCUACUGUCACACCGUACGUAACAGAACUGGGUGGUGUUGGAAUCCCGCCGGAAGGACACGAAUGGAAAGUAUCCCCGUGGAUUGUAAAUCGGCCCUGUCGAUUUGUCGCGCGGAUUCGGUGUGUCUAGAAGCUUAUUAUUACUACAAGAGACUGUGCAGAAGUAUGUUGGAAGGUGAGAAGUGCACGAGACGUUGCGAAUACAGCAUUUCCGUUCUAAACAGGCAAACGUCAGGGUGGAGAUUGAAGGAUUGUAUCUGUUCGGACGACAAUUGCAGAGAAGAAAGAUCCAAACAGACCCGUCUAUGUGUUAAUACACAUAAUACGGGUGUUUCUUCUCGUUAUUGCGUUAGAAUUAUUUUAUUAAUGUUCGAAUUAAUCGUUUUAUCCGUGUUUUAUUGAUUACGUUAAUGUCAUAUUUUUUUUCUCUUUAAAAUUUUAAAUAUACGUCUAAAUAAGUUUAUAACAUAAAUAGUUUCUUUAUAAAACUAACGAAAUUAGUAAACUGUAAAGAGAAAAUAUCAGAUAGACGUGUUAAGUGCAUUUCUUAUUCUUAUUACCGUU